AGGAAAGGGAGAGAAUAAAAGCUCUCUGGUCUUGCCUGCUUCAGAAAGCCACUAGACCUGCUUUUGGGCAGCUUGCAGGGCCGCUCCCUUCCCACGCCUGGACCAUGCUCCGCUGCUGCGUCUUCCUACGCGGCCACAGGCGAGGACUCGAUAUCUGCAGCUGAGAGCUAAAACUUUUUUUUUUUUUUUUUUUUUUUUUUGACUUUUCUUUUCCCCCAACAACUGAACCAUGCCAUGUGCUCAGGGGAGCUGGCUGGCAAAGCUCUCGAUGGUGGCUCAGCUUUUUAACCUGGGGGCUUUUUGCCACGGGAGACAAACUCAGCCCUGGCCGGUUCGCUUCCCAGACCCGAGGCAAGAACACUUUAUCAAAUCCCUACCAGAAUACCACAUAGUGAGUCCAGUCCAAGUAGAUGCCGGUGGCCAUUUUCUGUCCUAUGGCCUGCAUCACCCUGUCACUAGCAGCAGGAAGAAGAGAGCUGCAGGUGGUUCUGGGGACCAGGUGUACUACAGAAUUUCACACGAAGAAAAAGACCUGUUUUUCAAUCUGACGGUCAACUGGGAAUUUCUUUCCACCGGCUAUGUCGUGGAGAGAAGAUAUGGGAACCUUUCCAGUGUUAAAAUGGUGGCUUCCUCAGGCCCACCCUGCCAUCUCAGGGGCACAGUUCUGCAGCAGGGCACCAUGGUCAGGCUCGGGACAGCAGCUCUCAGUGCCUGCCAAGGACUGACUGGAUUUUUCCAUCUACCACAUGGAGACUUUUUCAUUGAGCCUGUUAAAAAGCAUCCACUGACCGAGGAAGGGUACCACCCUCAUGUCGUAUACAGGAGGCAGAGCUCCAGAACUCCAGAGACAAAGGAGCCCACCUGCGGAUUAAAUGACAGUCUUGAUAAAUCUGUGAAGCAAGAGCUACAGCGGGAGAAGUGGGAGAGGAAAAACUUGCCAAGAAGAAGUCUCUCCCGACGCUCCAUAAGCAAGGAGAGAUGGGUGGAGACCCUCGUGGUGGCUGACACGAAGAUGGUAGAGUACCAUGGAAGUGAGAAUGUGGAGUCCUACAUCCUCACCAUCAUGAAUAUGGUCACUGGGUUGUUUCAUAACCCAAGCAUUGGAAAUCUAGUCCACAUUGUUGUGGUUCGACUCAUUCUACUUGAAGAAGAGGAGCAAGGAUUGAAAAUAGUUCACCAUGCAGAGAAGACACUGUCCAGCUUCUGCAAGUGGCAAAAAAGCAUCAAUCCCAAGAGUGACCUGAAUCCUGUCCAUCAUGAUGUGGCUGUCCUUAUCACCAGAAAGGACAUCUGUGCUGGUGUCAAUCGCCCCUGUGAAACUCUGGGGCUGUCCCAACUGUCAGGAAUGUGCCAGCCUCACAGGAGUUGCAACAUCAAUGAAGAUUCCGGCCUCCCCCUGGCUUUCACCAUUGCACAUGAACUUGGGCACAGCUUUGGCAUCCAGCAUGAUGGAAAGGAAAAUGACUGUGAGCCUAUGGGCAGGCAUCCAUACAUCAUGUCCCAACAAAUUCAGUAUGAUCCAACUCCACUGACAUGGUCGAAAUGCAGCAAGGAGUACAUCACUCGCUUCUUGGACCGAGGCAGGGGGUUCUGUCUUGAUGAUAUCCCCAGAAAGAAAGGCUUGAAGUCCAACGUCAUUGCCCCUGGAGUAAUUUAUGAUGUUCGUCACCAGUGCCAACUCCAAUAUGGCCCAAAUGCUACAUUCUGCCAGGAAGUGGAAAAUGUUUGCCAGACACUGUGGUGCUCAGUGAAAGGCUUCUGUCGCUCUAAGCUGGAUGCUGCUGCAGAUGGGACUCGCUGUGGUGAGAAGAAGUGGUGUAUGGCUGGAAAGUGUAUCACAGUGGGGAAGAAACCAGAGAGCAUCCCUGGAGGCUGGGGACGCUGGUCAUCCUGGUCACACUGUUCCAGGACAUGUGGGGCAGGAGCUCAGAGCGCAGAGAGGCUCUGCAACAACCCGGAACCAAAGUUUGGAGGGAAAUACUGCACCGGAGAAAGAAAACGCUAUCGCUUAUGCAAUGUCCACCCCUGUCGCUCAGACACUCCGACAUUCCGGCAGAUGCAGUGCAGUGAAUUUGACACAGUCCCCUACAAAAACCAAUUCUACCGCUGGUUCCCAGUGUUUAAUGCAGCACAUCCUUGUGAGCUGUACUGCAGACCCAUAGAUGAACAGUUUUCUGAGAAAAUGCUGGAUGCCGUCAUUGAUGGCACCCCAUGCUUUGAAGGUGGCAACAGCAGAAAUGUCUGUAUUAAUGGCAUAUGUAAGAGGGUUGGCUGUGACUAUGAGAUUGAUUCCAAUGCCACCGAGGAUCGCUGCGGCGUGUGUCUUGGAGACGGCUCUGCCUGCCAGACUGUGAAGAAGCUGUUUCGACAGAAGGAAGGAUCCGGUUACAUUGACAUCGGACUUAUUCCCAAAGGUGCAAGGGAUAUAAGGGUGAUGGAAAUCAAGGCAGCCGGCAAUUUCCUGGCCAUUAGGAGUGAAGACCCAGAAAAAUAUUACCUCAAUGGAGGGUUUAUUAUCCAGUGGAAUGGAAACUACAAACUGGCAGGGACUGUAUUCCAGUAUGACAGGAAAGGAGAUCUGGAGAAACUUAUGGCUCCCGGACCCACCAACGAGUCAGUGUGGCUCCAGCUACUAUUCCAGGUGACUAACCCUGGUAUCAAGUAUGAGUACACAGUCCGGAAAGACGGCCUUGACAAUGACGUGGACAAGUUGCUGUACUUCUGGCAAUUUGGCCGCUGGACAGAUUGCAGUGUAACAUGUGGAACAGGUAUCCGACGGCAGGCUGCUCAUUGUGUCAAGAAAGGCCAUGGGAUAGUGAAAACUACCUUCUGUAACCCAGAAACCCAGCCCAGCAUGAGACAGAAGAAGUGCUACGAAAAGGAUUGUCCACCCAGGUGGUGGGCAGGGGAGUGGGAAGCAUGUUCAACGACUUGUGGGCCCUACGGAGAAAAAAAGAGAACAGUGCUGUGCAUCCAGACCAUGGGCUCUGAUGAACAGGCUCUCCCUGCUACAGACUGCCAGCACCUGCUGAAGCCGAAGGCACUGGUUUCCUGCAACAGGGAUAUUCUGUGUCCAUCAGACUGGACAGUAGGCAACUGGAGUGAGUGCUCUGUUUCCUGUGGUGGUGGAGUGCGGAUUCGAAGUGUCACGUGUGCCAAGAACCUUAAUGAACCAUGUGACAAGACACGGAAACCCAACAGUCGAGCUCUGUGUGGCCUCCAGCAGUGCCCAUCUAGCCAUAGAGUUCUGAAACCCAAUAAAGAUACAGCUCCCAGUGGGAAGAAUCAAACAACAUCAGACCAUGACCCCUUUAAGCCCAUCCCAGCACCUACACCCAGGCCCACACCACUGUCCACACCCACAGUGCCUGAGUCUGUGAGCACAAGUACUCCUGCAAUCAACAGCCUUGGCUCCACCAUAGCAUCCCAAGAAGAUCCAGAUGGGAUAGGAUGGCAGAAUAAUUCAACCCAACCUGUAGUAGACUCCUACUUCCUUACUUCUUCUGGAAGCACCUCCCAGGCCCCCCUGACUUCCUGGUCUUUGAGUAUCCAGCCCGAUGAUGAAAAUGUUUCCAGUUCAGCUAUAGGUCCUACUGCAGAUGGUGACUUUGGGGCAACCACAACAAGUGAUUUUGGCUUAUCAUCUAGCAAUGCUGUGACAUGGCAGGUAACUCCAUUUUAUAGCACCAUGACCACAGAUCCAGAAAUGGAGAUACAUAGUGGUUCAGGGGAAGACAGUGACCAGCCUUUGAACAAGGACAAAAGCAACUCUGUGAUAUGGAACAAGAUCACAGUACCUGAACAUGAUCCUCCCAUGGAGAUGGAUGCAGAAAUACCACUUGGACCUCCACCAACAUCUUAUGUGAGGGAAGAGUCCUCAUGGCCUCCCGUCAGUACAAUGAUGGAAGGCUCAUUACCAGCCUGGUCCUUCAAAAAUGAGACACCCAGGGAUGAGGGGAUAAUCACUGAAAGAUCAAGGAAGAUUUCACUCCCUCUUGGAGGAGAUCCCCAGCCAGCACCCUCAGAGAAGUUAGGAAACCAUGGCCAAUUAGUAUUGCCAAAUGAUACAAGUCCAACCCAAGGCUCUGGGCCUGUCCUGACUGAGGAAGAUGCCUCCAGUCUGAUUGCUGAGGGAUUUUUGCUAAAUGCUUCUGAUUACAAGCAUCUUAUAAAGGACCACAGCCCUGCAUACUGGAUUGUUGGAAACUGGAGUAAAUGCUCCACCACCUGUGGUCUGGGGGCCUACUGGAGGACCGUGGAAUGUAGCACCGGGGUGAGUGCAGACUGUGUCACGAGUCAGAGGCCAGACCUUGCUAAGAAAUGCCACCUCCGUCCCUGUGCUGGCUGGCGAGUGGGAAACUGGAGCCAGUGCUCCCGAAACUGCAGCGGAGGCUUCAAGAUUCGUGAGGUUCAGUGCAUGGACAGCCUGGACCAUCACCGGAGCCUGAGGCCAUUUCACUGUCAAUUCUUGGCUGGCAUUCCUCCUCCACUGAGUAUGAGCUGUAACCUGGAGCCUUGUCAAGAAUGGCAAGUGGAGCCCUGGAGCCAGUGCUCUAGGUCCUGUGGAGGCGGUAUUCAGGAGAGAGGAGUGUCUUGCCCAGGAGGCUUCUGUGACUGGACAAAAAGACCUGCAUCUACUGUGCCCUGCAACAGACACCUUUGCUGUCAUUGGGCCACUGGGAACUGGGAGCUGUGUACCACUUCCUGUGGCGGUGGCUCUCAGAAGAGGACCGUUUAUUGCAUCCCCUCAGAAAACAAUACAACUGAAGACCAAGACCAGUGCCUCUGUGACCACCAAGUCAGACCCCCAGAAUUCCAAAAAUGCAACCAGCAAGCCUGCAGAAAGAGUGCUGAUUUAACUUGCAUGAAGGACAGACUUUCAACCAGCUUCUGCCAGACACUAAAAUCCAUGAGGAAGUGCUCUGUGCCAUCAGUGAGGGCCCAGUGCUGUCUCUCAUGUCCACAGGAGCAGAGCAUCCAUACCCAGAGGCAAAGAAAACAGCAGUUGCUCCAAAAUCGUGACACGCUCUAGGUUCAGAGAGAAGCCACCAUCAGCCUCCAUAGCCUGAUACCCAAGAACCUGGUCCAGACAGUCACUUCACUAACAUAUCACUUCAUACAUUCUAGGUUCAACUUCGGGUCAUAACAAAACAAAAUGCAAUGUGUGUAUCUAGCCACAAAGUGUUCCUCACAGAAAGCUUGGGGCCGGCUGUUCCCUGAUAGGAAGAUAAAGUAUUUCAGAGAUUGCUGCAGCAGUUGAGAUGAGUUCCUGUGGAAAGUGCCAGAUUAGGCAAGUCUGUAAAAAAUAUGUCUUCCCCCCCCCCUUUAAAGAUAAAAAUAAGAGACCAGUUUUUCCAAACUACCUCAAGAGUCUCAAGAAACAGCCACACUUACCCAGGAAGCAAAUAAUCUUUUAAAUUUGUCUUUGUGAAUAUAUCCUCCUUGGGUACCUUGGGUAGCCGCUGUUUAAAAGUCAUGGGGCAGUUUUUAGGAACAUCUGUCCAGUAGUCAAUAAGGACAGGAAGAGAAUGCUGGUUAUGGUGCUCAGUCUACUCUCCAUCCCUGUAGGACUUCACAACUGGAAACCAAGAACCGUUUGGAACGAACCAUGGAGAUUUGAGAUUAAGGAGACACAGACAUUAGAUGCAGCCUAGGGGGAUUGGAUUGGUGAUCAAGGAGUCUUUUUUUUUUUUUUUUUUUUUUUUUUUUUUUAAAUUUACUUCAGUUUCUAUUAAAAGUCUUAAAAAAAAAAAAAACCCACCAAUGAACAGAAAUCAACUUCUCACUAGCUUAAGAAAGAAAAUGUGUGGUCCUUGUUCCUCAAACUUCCCUGGCUUUGUCAGCUCGUCACAGAACAAAUGUGUGUUCCAGUCUGCCAGUCUUUCUCCUACCCUGUCCUUAUCAGGGUCAUGACCUCAGAUCCUGCCAUCAUCCCUGUGCAGGAAGAUGUAACACAAAAACUGCUACAACUAGGGUUGUGGCUAUCUAUACACCUUGUUUUUCUUUCCGGAGAGAACAAGUGAAGUUACAGGUUAAAUCACUUUUCAAAAUCAGGUAAAUUGUACCAAGUCUAGGAAUUUAGUAGAAAUUUAUAGUUUAGAAGAAAAAAAAGUUCUAAAGAGUGGGCAAGAUGACCUAUUUAGUGUGUCCAUUAGAGACUUUUAAAAGUCUCUUGCAAUUAGAGAGAUAAAGCUGGGGUAGAGUGCAUAUUUAGCACAGUUGUGCAAGGCUUCAAGUUUGGUCUCUAGCAACACAUGCAUGCAUGAAUAUACACACACAUGCGGAAUCAAAAAUGGAGGCUUACUUACCUUGUGGAGAGCAAGCAAGUCACGGGGGUCCAAAACACUGAAAUAGAAGUUAGCAUGCUGAUUUUAGACAUUACUCCUACUGAAGUCAGAGUAGGCUGUGAGCACAAACUCGGAGCAAAUUUCCAGGUGAGCCUAUAGCCUGAACCCAGAGAGAAAGGAUAAGUAGGUGGAGAGAUUCAAGCCCUGGGGAAAGACUUCAGAACCCGCUCUUGAUAGGAUAGGAAGCAAUGUGUGCCUUCCGGUGAUGGAUCACAUACGUUAGACCUAUGCACCAAUAUACAUUAAUUGUCUUUAUUCUGGAGUACAAUACCUCACAGCUCCCUGUAGUUAUCUAUCCAUUCAGCAGAAUGGUGCUAUUGAACUUGGUGCUAAUACCUAGAAGGUGUGAGAAGUAGCAGAAAUGUUAACAAAUAGUCAUGUGAAUGGCUAGGUGUCUACACACUUCCAGAUCGACAUACGCUUUGUGUAAGAUGGUGUUGCUGGCCAAUGCCAGUUUUAUUUGUCCUGAGGCCAUGAACGUAACAUUAUAUAGUAUGUGCUUUUAAACUUUUUUCAAGCCACUAGUAUGUAUUAUUAUGAUCAAUUCCUGUGGAAAAUAAAACACUGGGAUUUGGAUAAAAUUCAAGGUAUACCAGAAAUAGGAGAAAAAUACACAUUUACUGAAGCCAGGGAAUUUAUGUGUACUUAAGUAUACCUUCUUGCAUUCCGUCUUUACAUGAAAACAUUGCUGGCCAAUGACAAUCUCUGGUGAAAUAGCUAUUUUAGAGAAACACUUAGAUUAUUCUGUUAGUGGCAUAAAUGGAGAAAAAAGUAGAGGGAAACUUGACCUUCUCAUGAGGAAUUUUGCAAAGACUAGUAGUACAGGCUUUCAGAAGUAUUAAUUAGUAAGCCAUUUGAGUUUAAGUUAAACUGGUACUGUUCUAGAGAAAAGUACAUGACACCAGAGUCCUGGGCAUGACCAGGCAUAUGAAACUCAGGAACAAACUUGGAUUUCUGCUGACCUCAACAAACUAAAGUAGGCCAGAUUUCCCAAUGCAAAAUGUAGACCAUGUCAUUUGGGGCCCAUAUAGUAGAGCACAUUAUGAGUCGGUGGGAAGUGUCUGGCCAGGUGCUUCAUUCUAGAUCUUUCUCCAGUUUCUCAAGUACAGGAAAUAGGCCUCUGACCAUGCAUCAUGGACAUCCUCUUCCUACUAUGGUGAGACUGUCCUAUGGUGUGUGCCAUUUGUGUUUGCUGUAGGAGUCAUCAGUCAGCUGCUCUGCUGUGGGUUAUCAGUAUAUCCAUGGAUAGUUAAUGCUUGAGAUGCUAGAACUUUGACUAGCAGGAUGACAAUGACAGCAAGAGCCGGAUAGUGUCUUCACAAGGCCAAAUGUGAAGGCUUGGUUUAUUUCAUCCAUAUCUUCCUUCACAUUAACUCCUUGAAGAUGUGAACAAGUUCAGCAAGACACUGGAUACACAGGCAGGUCCACCAUGGGGCCUUGUGCUUAAAUACAUCAUGUUGGGUUUACAUUGCUUUUCAGAGUGAUAGAAUUAGUUCUUCUCCAAAAAGUUAUAGGCUAUUUAAUUCAUGAACAUCAAAAGAGUGUUAUGCCAUAAGAGAACAGUAUUCCUAGAAACUUUAAUAGAAAUACUUUCUUCAAAUCAUGAAUCAUAUCCUGCAACAAAGGAUUGCUUUCCUCUGUAGGAAUAACUGUUUAGUCAUAGGUCUGUCUCCCUGAACAAGAGCACAGACAGUUCCUUCUGGUUUCCUGAAACAGUAUGUUUUCACUGGCUCUCCAAUGCAAUGCUUUCUGAAAGUCUGUUUUGAACAACCUCCAUCAAGAAUCUGAAACAUUUUGAGGAAUUAUAUUAUUUCAGACCCUACCUUUCUAUCAAUUAGCUGAAGUUCUCUGAAAGCUACAUAUUGCUAACCUAGAAAAGUGCAAAGUCUUAGCUUUCUCUUUUCUCACGUCUAGAUGAAGCUCUGGGACAGCCUAUCUGGUGCUUAGUCCACAGUGAUCCACUUACACAGGCCACAUGUCUUGAGCUUCCUGGUGCUAUAGCCAAUCCAGUAUGUUUGAUGCUACUCCUGUUGCUAAUUCAAGUACUUUGUAAACUCAACUAUUUUUAUUUUAAGCUCUGUCACUAAAAAUAAUGUGAUGGGGAAAAUGUAUUUCUCCCUACCAUUGCCCACUAAAAUAAUGCCAUGACACCCAUGGUUAACUCAUUGUCUCCCCAGUAUUUCUAUACUUCUGCAUCACCAGCUGAUUCCCACACUCCUUAUGUACCUGAUGAGUACCUCAGUAUUAAAACCAGAUUAUAAUCAUAGGCUGUC